CAGUCCUCCCUUCCCCUCCUCCCUCACCCCCAAGUCUCCCCCCCUACUGUCCUCCCCAACCCCGGCUGACCAUGGCAUCAGAAGCAGAAGGAACCUUCCAGCGGUUUGCCAUCUUUGGAGAAUCGUCAAGCAGUGGCACUGAAAUGAACAACAAGAACUUCUCCAAGCUGUGCAAAGACUGUGGCAUCAUGGACGGCAAGACAGUCACCUCCACUGAUGUGGACAUCGUGUUCAGCAAAGUCAAGGCCAAGAAUGCCCGAACCAUCACAUUCCAGCAGUUCCAGGAGGCAAUGAAGGAAUUGGGCCAGAAGCGGUUCAAGGGAAAGAGCCCGGAUGAAGCCCUGGAGAACAUUUAUAGACUCAUGGAGGGCAAGGACCCAGCUACCACCGGUGUUACUAAAGCAACGACAGUGGGAGGGGUGAGCCGGCUGACGGACACCAGCAAGUACACAGGCACCCACAAGGAGCGCUUUGACGAGAGCGGCAAGGGCAAGGGCAUCGCGGGCCGGGAAGACGUGACUGACAGCUCAGGCUAUGUGAGUGGCUACAAGGGUGCUGGCACCUAUGAUAAGAAGGGCAGCCGCUAGGGAGUAGCCUCGUGUGGGCCUGGCAGCCUUGACCCUGCAUCUUUAACACCAGGGAGCUUGGGGAGCAAUAAACAUCUGUGUGUGCAGCA